UUUUCACUGCAUAAAUUGAAUUCAUAACCAGAGGUAGUCAGUCAGAGAAAACUUGAAUAUCACUCUCAAACUCCCCCAUGAUACACCAAAAACCAUAAUAAAAUUUAAUUUUCCCACAGAAAAAUAAAAUAAACAAUUAUAUCUUUAUGGUAAAGAAUACAAAAAUAGGCCCAGAUUUUGUUUUUAGUAGUGACCUUACAAAAACAGUAUUAACUAGAAAAACAUUACACUUCUUCAAACUUCUCCCGUUGCUUUCUUCUUCUUCUUCUUCUCUCUUUUGAAAUUACAUAAUUUUUUAAUUGAAUCCGAGUCUCGAAAACCUUGAUUCACCCAAGGUAAAUUUGGUUUUUCUGAUCAUGAGGUGGGAAUUCUUGUUUUGUUGAUAAUGAGGAUUGAUUUGAUUGGUUGAUAAUGAUGAUUUGUUCUUACGAUGUCCUAUUCAAGUUGGAUGUCGUGGUAUAAAAAGUGUUGACAAAUCGGUAACUCUGCUAGUUUGUAAGGUGUAGAUUGGAGGUGUGGUAGGCUUGGUGACAAACCAAGAUGAUAAGAUCCAAAAUUAAAUGGGCAGCACUUGGUGGACUUAUCUUAUCUUUGCUGUCUUUGCUGGUGCAUCUUCUUCUUGCUAAUAAUUCAACUUCAACCGCUGUUUUAAGACGGUCCAAUGCAUGGCCGGGUAAUACUGAAGCUGUUACUCUCAUAAUUAACAGAGAGAGCCCGCGGUUCAGAAGGUUAUGGGGGAACGUCAAACCUUUGGAGUCUUUGCAGCCAUAUGCAAAUCCAAGGAUCAAAUAUCCUGAGCCAAAUGAACAUAAUAAUGGAUUUAUAUAUGCUAAAAUUUUUGGUGGCUUCGAGAAGAUAAGAUCCUCGAUUUGUGAUCUUGUCAGCAUAUCCAGGCUUCUUAAUGCUACUCUUGUGCUUCCAGAGAUUCAAGAAAGUACUCGUUCCAAAGGAAUCAGUUCCAAAUUCAAGAGCUUCUCUUAUCUUUACGAUGAGGAUCAAUUCAUUGCAGCUCUUGCAAAAGAUGUAAUUGUUGUGAAGAGCCUGCCAAAUAAUCUGAAGGACGCAAGAAAAAGCAACAAGUUUCCUAUAUUCAAACCAAAAAGUUCUGCCACUCCAAAUUUCUAUAUCAAAGAUGUCUUACCCAAAUUAAGGAACAGUAAAGUUGUAGGGCUGGUGCUUACUGAUGGUGGAGGCUUACAAUCUAUCCUCCCACCUAGCAUGGGCGAGUAUCAGCGACUGCGAUGCGGAGUAGCUUUUCAUGCACUUCAUUUCCGGCCAGAAAUACAGGCACUUGGGCACCGGAUGGUGGAAAGGUUAAGAGCUUGGGGCCAACCUUUCCUUUCUUUUCAUCCUGGUCUUACACGAGAUGCCUUAGCAUAUCAUGGCUGUGCAGAACUUUUUCAGGAUAUUCAUACUGAACUUAUACAGUACCGAAGAGCACAGAUGAUUAAUCAAGGGAUUUUAAAAGAUGAUCUGGUUGUGGAUUCACAUAUGAAAAGAGCAAAUGGUUCAUGCCCCCUCAUGCCUGAAGAGGUGGGACUUCUCCUUCGUGCCAUGAGCUAUUCUCCUAAAACAAUAAUAUACGUGUCAGGUUCUGAAAUAUUUGGAGGACAACGGGUUUUAAUCCCUCUGCGUGCCAUGUACUCCAACAUAGCUGAUCGUACUUCCUUGUGUAGUAAGGAAGAGCUGUCCAGCCUGAUCGGCCCUGAAACUUCUCUUCCUUCAGAUGAAUUCCAGCCCCCUCCAAGGAAAAGUAAGAAACAACUUGAAGAAGAGUGGAAAAAGGCUGGUCCUCGGCCUCGACCUCUUCCUCCACCACCAGAUAGACCUAUUUAUAAGCAUGAAAAAGAAGGUUGGUAUGGGUGGAUUACUGAGAGAGACACAGAACCAGACCCUUCACUUUCAGAUCUGAGGUCGCAGGCCCACAGGCUACUUUGGGAUGCCCUCGAUUACAUUGUGUCACUAGAAGCAGAUGCAUUCUUUCCUGGUUUUAAUAAUGACGGUACUGGCUCGCCAGAAUUUUCAAGUUUAGUGAUGGGGCACCGGCUGUAUGAGAUGGCAUCAGUUAGAACUUAUCGACCUGACAGAAAAGUUCUUAUCGACCUAUUAAGUAACAUCAGUGAUCAUUUGUACCAUCCAAGGCGCAACUGGACCAUUGCAGUGCAAGAACAUCUUAACAGGAGCUUGACCGAGGAAGGCCUUGUAAGGCAAUCCCGCCUGUCUAAACCAACCUCCUUCCUUUCUCACCCACUUCCAGAGUGUUCGUGUAGAACCUCAGAAUCCGCUGAGAUUCCAAUUCCAGUAAAGGACAAAAGUGAGCGGUUACUAUAUGGAGGUGAAGAUGAGUGUCCUAAAUGGAUGAAGCAUAGUCUUGCAACAGUCUCGAAAACAACUAUUUCAAAAGAAAGUGCUAAUGCAGGUGAAAGUGAGUCACAGGAAGAUGAUACAGAUUUGGAUGGGCAGCAAGAAUCUGAUGAAACCGGAACAGAUUCAAGCCCACCUUCAACGCAAGAUGAGGAAAUGGAUCCAGAUGACUAAGAGUGAUAUACAUGUACAGAAAUUACCAAAUUUUCUUUCCACCAGGUUUUGUUUUCCUGAGAUGGCAAUCAAAAGUUAUUUAGGCUGCAGCAACCUCUUCGUUGGAUGAAAUUAGUUGCUGGAUUGUGACUGCCGUCUCGAAGUUUUGAUUUGAGGGUGAGAUCUUGGAGACAUACAAGCAGGUCAGUUUCCUGACUCCUGAGGCAAAGGCAUAAAAGGCUUUCUUCGGGGAGAGGGUUGUAAGGGGGGAUCAAAAGCCCAUUUUAUAACAUAGGGGGGAUUAUCAGUAAAGAAAAAGAAAAAAAACAUACGUCUAAAAGAGGUUUUUGUUGAAUUUGUUCGGAAAAUAAAUGAAAGUAAAAGAGUCAGAAAAGGUAUUUACAGAACACUGGAAGGGAUUGUAAAUAGUUUUAUCAAAGAAACACCGAGGUUUGAAGCCGAUAUUAGAUACCAGAUUACUUGUGAUUCUUUAUAUUUUAGGAAUUGAAUUAUUGAGAAAGUAGGGGACGCAUAAGACCUUGUUACUUCCAGACAAUCCGAGUUAAUGUGCUACUACAAUUCUUCAAUGUAUUUGUUCUCAAUCAACUUCCGAGUAUUAAUCUUUUGAAAUAUUAUUUUCAGAGUAA